UCUCUAAGUUUGAAACCUUGCGUGAGCUUCCUUUCUCUUUCCUUCUGUUGUUUGUGUGUCUUGAUAAGUUGGGGCCUUGGGGUUGAUGGAGAGUGGGGGGAGAGUGGAAGCAGCAGGCCCAUCUACAAGUGCUUCUUCUUCUUUUUGUUGUAGUUCUUCUUCUUCCUUGGUUGGUGAAAAGCAGGAACCACGGCAAGGAGAGAUGAUAACCGAGAAGAUUAGCGAGAAGGUUCGUAGUGAUGAGGUUGUUGAGGAGGAGGAAGAGGAAGAUGAUGGGCUUGUGUCUGGUUUUGUUCCAGGUCCCCUGGUUCCUCUCAAGGAACAGCUUGAGAAAGACAAGGAUGAUGAAAGCUUAAGGAGGUGGAAAGAGAAGCUGCUUGGUUGCAUUGAAGGAGAUUUAAAUGGCCAAAUGGAACCUGAAGUUACAUUCCACUCGAUAGGAAUCAUCUCUGAGGAUUGUGGAGAACUGAAUACUCCCUUGCCGGUGGAUGAGAAACAAAAAGGAAAGGUACUGUUUACACUCAGAGAGGGAUCUAAGUAUCAACUUAAGCUGGCAUUCACAGUUAAGCACAACAUCGUCUCUGGAUUGGCAUACUGCAAUACAGUGUGGAAGGGUGGAGUUCAAGUUGAUCAAAUGAGAGGGAUGUUGGGUACAUUUGCUCCACAGCGGGAACCCUAUGUACACUGCUUGGAUGAAGAGACCACUCCUUCUGGUGUGCUUGCGCGUGGAGUUUACCUGGCAAAACUGAAGUUUGAAGAUGAUGACAAGAGAUGUCAUUUAGAACUGAACUAUUCAUUUGAGAUUAAGAAGCGCAGCUAACCAAAAUUUUCUUGGAGGAACUUACGUCUCGCAUUCUGUUUCCUUUGAGCCAUUGUUUACACAUAUGUUCACAUGGAUCACAUUGUCAAUCUGGAUUUUAAGCACUGUAACACAUUCAAAGGGUUGAAUUCAGUACCAAAUCUCUCUCUCUCUCUCUCUCACUCACACACACACACACACAUUCACAGCUGAUAAUUUGUAUGAUCCUCCUCUGGUGAAGGGGUGUUCAGGCUUUUUUUUUUUUUGGUGGAAGGUGUUCAGGCAUAGAAUCUUGUCAUGGACCAGGUCCAUCUCCAUGUAGUCAUUAUCUUGUUAUUAUCCCCUAUUGGAGGCUUGGAGCUCUUUUGACAAUAGAAGAAAUUGCAAUGCAUUAGCCUCUAUUCUACUUGUUGCA